AUGCCCGGCGGAGCGCGCAGCGAUCCGCUGCCUGAGCUUACGCGCCCCUACCUGGCGCUGGGUCUCGAGGGCAGUGCAAACAAGCUUGGCGUAGGUGUGAUCCGGCACUCGCCGCCCACGACCGAUGGAUUCGGCGCGCAGCUAAACUAUGCACAGGUCGACAUCCUGUCGAAUGUGCGCCAUACCUAUGUGACGCCCCCCGGGCAGGGCUUCCUUCCGAGUGAUACGGCGAAGCACCACAAGCACUGGAUUGUGCAAGUAGUGACCGAGGCUGUGCGCUCCAGUGGUCUCCAGAGCCUGGACGAGGUGGACUGCAUCUGUUUCACGAAAGGGCCAGGGAUGGGCGCGCCGCUGCAAGCCGUGUCGCUCGUCGCGCGCACGCUCGCGCUGAUGUACAAGAAGCCAUUGGUCGGCGUAAACCACUGUGUCGGCCACAUCGAGAUGGGCCGUACAAUCACCGGCGCAAUGAACCCCGUCGUGCUGUACGUCUCAGGCGGAAAUACCCAGGUCAUUGCGUACUCGGCGCAGCGCUACCGCAUCUUUGGCGAGACACUCGAUAUCGCAGUGGGCAACUGUCUCGACCGCUUUGCGCGAGUCAUUGGCCUAAGCAACGACCCCUCGCCGGGCUACAAUAUCGAAAAAGAGGCCAAGCGCGGCAAGCGCCUGAUGCCCUUGCCGUACGGCACCAAAGGCAUGGACGUUUCGCUGGCCGGCAUGCUCAGCGCGACCGAGGCGUAUACCAAAGACAAAAAGUUCCGCCCAAAUGCACCGCUCGUCUCUGACACGCCGGUCGGUGCGCUGGCCAACGGUGGACUGCUCGCCGCCACCGCGAAGCAUGCCGUCGAGGCAGAGCCCGAGCCCGCGGCGCCGUCCUGCGACCUCGACGGCAACCAGGUCGAGGCCAUUACGCCGGCCGAUCUAUGCUUUAGUCUGCAAGAGCACAUCUUUGCCAUGCUCGUCGAGAUCACCGAGCGUGCCAUGGCGCAUAUUGGCAGCCGCGACGUGCUGAUCGUCGGCGGCGUGGGCUGCAACGAGCGUCUCCAAGAGAUGAUGGGCAUCAUGGCCCAGGAGCGCGGCGGCAAUGUGUUUGCCACCGACGAGCGCUUCUGCAUCGACAACGGUAUCAUGAUUGCGCACGCCGGCCUGCUGGCCUUCCGCACGGGCCAAGUCACGCCGCUGGCCAAGACAACGACCACGCAGCGGUACCGCACGGAUACGCCGCACAUCGCAUGGCGUGCAUAG